AGUUGCGAAUUUCAUACAAAACGAAACGGUCGCUUCUGGGUUAUUCGUGUGUGCGCGCUCGGUGCGAAUAGAAUUUAUUGUACAACUGAUGAUAUUGAUCUGAUCUCUCGAUAUAAACUUCAUUUGGUUGCGGCUAGCGAGUGUUUAAGUGCCGCCAUAGAAGUUUCGCAUUAAAGCGGAAAUUAGUCGAGUCAAUAAAGUGAAGUUUUUUGUGUGAACCACUCCAACAACAACAACAACGGAAAGUGCAAAGAAGGAGAUAGCAGCUUACUUACGUGUUUCAAUCGAGUAAUACUUUAAACCAAAUAAGAGCAAACAUGAUCGAGAGACGCAGUCAACUGGAUAAGAUAAUUAUUACAGCCAUGGACCGAUUUGUUUGGUUUGUGCUAUUGGUGGUCAUGACACAUCUGGUUACGGAAUUCACUCGAGUUACGGGCUAUGCGAGAGGGCAACGACAGGAAUUGGUGCUCCUUAAUGACACCAUGCUGCAUCCGAUGCCCGUACAAAAUAUGCUGCUUUAUCCCAGCUACGAGCAUGCACACUAUGACCAACAACAGGCGGCUGCAGGAGCAGUUAGUGGCAACAGUAUACAACAGAAUGCGGCCAUGGUGCUGAGCAGUCUGGGCGUAGGUGGUGUAGGGACAGGAGCUGGAGCCAGCAGCAGCAAUACUGCGGGUAAUAACGCAGCAGAGCCGAGCUAUCCGUUCUUUAGCCUACGGCCAUUAAUUGACAGCAUUUUCGAGAUACCGAUUUCCACCCUGCGUGCUGUGAACAAUUUGGUGGGCCGACUCACGGGAAGCUAUCGCCAGGCGCCUGAAGCGGUUCAAAAAUCGGUGACCAUCAAUGCGGAGGCGCCCAUCCGGCUGCCAACGGGCAACUCGAUGACCGUGCCGAGCAAUUUAAAGCUGUCAACAACCGGCAAUGCGGCUCAGCGUCAGCCAAUGCGAGAAGAGUUGGCGUAGUUCAAAAGGGCGAGCGCCACUUGACAUUUCCAUUUAAAUAAUUCGUAAUUAGUUUUGUAGUUAAACUUUGACCUUAGGCCGGAGCAAGGACAAGGCGCACACGUUCACGAUUAGUGUUGUGUUUAUUGUACAAGUACGAGAGUUUUAUGCAUUUUUAGUUACUUAAUGUUUUCGUUUGUAAUGUUGAAUUUUGUGAUAUAUGUAAACUUGUUCGUAAGCUUAAUUUAAUUAUAUUUAUAUGUAUU